UGGGAGUGUGUUAGAGGAGAGGGGAGACGGGAAGAGACUUGAGCUUGGUUGCAGAGAAGUUGAGCCCCUGGGUUCUCACUGUGCUUGGAACCAUGGGGAAGGUUAUGACAGGAGCGGGUUGGUCCAGAUGGUACCAGAUUUCUCAACACCACAGGAGAGGCCCCUGUGCUUGAGGGAAGGAGCCCUGAUCCCAGUCCCAGAACAGGUUUGGUUUGGUGGAGAGACCUUCAUUGAGAGAUUCAUUCAUUCUCUCUCAGACAUUCAUACUCAUAUUCUCUCUCUGCUCUCACUUCCUCUUCCUUCUUCUUUCCCCUUCUCCCCACUCCCCUUCUCCUCAUCCUGAACCCAGAUCUCACAGCCUGAGGUCAUGGGAAGCGAACCCCCACCCUCUUAAGGCUCUGAAGAACCUCUCCAAGAUCCAGCACACUCCCCAUUUAGCCCAUUCUGCUGAGCUAGGAGCCCAUGGAGAGUCCCCUUGCGCCCACCUUCCCUCCCAGAGGACCCUGGCAUCAGGCCUUCCCCCUCCCCCGGGGACAUUUCUCAACCCUGAUUAAUCACAGGGGCGGCCCCAGGGAGGAGGAAGGAAGAUCUCUAUGGCUUACCAUAAAGAAGGCCAGGCGCCCAGCUGCAGGCCGCUGGACCUGCGCCCAAGGUCAUGAAGCUGGGACUCACCUUCUUGGUGUUGCUGUCUCUGCUGGCAGAUCACUGUGGAGCCGACACCCGUGCCGUGGGAGCCCGGGAAUGCCAGCGCCACUCUCAGCCUUGGCAGGCGGGCCUCUUUUACCUCACCCGACAGCUCUGCGGAGCCACGCUCAUCAGCGACAGAUGGCUACUCACAGCUGCCCACUGUCGAAAGCCGUACUUGUGGGUCCGGCUCGGGGAGCAUCACCUGUGGCAGUGGGAGGGCCCCGAGAAGCUGCUUCUGGCCACGGAUUUCUUCCCCCAUCCUGGGUUCAAUGCGGAUCUCUCUGCCAAUGACCACAAUGAUGACAUCAUGCUGAUCCGGCUACCUAGGAAGGUCCAGAUGAGUGCAGCUGUGCAGCCCCUCAACCUCAGCCAGAGCCUCCCGAACGUGGGCUCCCAGUGCCUUAUCUCUGGCUGGGGCAGUGUGUCCAGCUCCAAAUUACAGUACCCAAUGACACUGCAGUGUGCCUACAUCAGCAUCCUGGACAACAAACUUUGUCGCUGGGCUUACCCAGGUCACAUCUCCGAGAAGAUGCUGUGUGCUGGCUUGUGGGAGGGAGGCCGAGGCUCCUGCCAGGGUGACUCUGGGGGACCUCUGGUGUGCAACGGAACCCUGGCGGGUAUAGUGUCUGGGGGAUCUGAGCCUUGUUCCAGACCCCAGAGACCCGCUGUCUAUACCAGCGUAUGCCACUACCGGGACUGGAUUCAAAAAACCAUGGAAGAAAACUGAGUCCAUGCUAAGGACAGACUGGAGAGGACGAUGGAAGCAGGACGGGAAGAUACUGUAGGACUCCACAGCCCCAGCUGCUCUCCCUAGCCUCCCUGUCACAACCCUGGACGCUGAAACUCCGCCCCCUCAGGCUCUGCAACCGACUCCACUCCUUAGGCUCCGCCCCAAGACUCCACCUCUUAGGUCACUCCGCUCCCAGGCAAAUCAAUUAUAACACGACCACGCCCCCUCAGAGACACUCCAGACUACAUGACUUUAAUCACCACUCUCUGGAGUAGCCCAGCCCUUAAGAUCACCGCCAAGAAAUAUCUUUCACUAAACAGCUGCAUCCCUCCAAAUUUUACCGUGUAGGAUGCCUUCUCUGGACUCCACCCCGCGUGGCCCCACCUCUGGUGAUGCCAGGCCUACGUUAACUUCAGGCAGUUUGGGGUUCUACCCAGGCCGUGUUGUGGGUUUGAUGAGGGGAUGGUGGGGGCAUUGAUCUUUCCAGAGCCACUGAAUGAAUGAGAAUAAAGCAUAGGGGCGGUGA